ACAGGAUUGCACGUCGCUUUGGAAAACAUCCUGUUUCGAUCCUUCUUAUGUCUUCUUGAGAAGGGCCAGUUCGAUCUCAAUGGUCUGGAUCAUUUGGGAAGAGGUCCGCUCUCGUAUGCUGUGAUGUCCGGAAAUCUGGAAGCAGUCGAGAAGCUUCUCCACCUAGGAGCCAAUCCAGACCAUGAAGACAGUCCUCAGAAGAUCGGACUAGCAGCCUUGACACCACUAGCAUGCGCAGCUGCUCAAGGCGACUACGCGGUCAUUGAAGCUUUGCUCGACAAACAUGCUCAGAUUGAUCUUCGCGACCGACAUGGUCGCACGGCAUUGAUGUUCGCAGCGACAGCUACCUCGGGAGCAGCAACUCGCUUGUUACUCUCCAGAGGUAGCCAAGCAGAUCGAGUAGACAACGAGAACCGCACGCCACUCUCGUUUGCUUCGGAAGCUGGAUCAGACGCCGUUGUAUCGCUUCUGCUGAAGCAGAUUGUGGAGGUUGACUCCAAAGACAAGUCUUUGACAACCCCGCUGAUGUAUGCGGCUGUAAGCGGCUCGGAAUCAGUCGUGUCUAUACUUGCUUCUCGAGGAGCGGAUGUAGACUCCAAAAAUCUAAGAGGCGAAACCCCACUC